AGCAUCUAAAACGCACCCUCGCCUGCCAUGAAGGGGUUGGUAGUAGUAACGUAAAAGCUAGUAUAGCGCACCUGCCAAGCACAUGAUCACAUGUCGUUCGUUCGUUCGCGUUCUUAUAUAGUGGAACGUAUCCAUGCGUCAAGAGUGCUUGACAGAAUUCUGAUUUCGUAUGAGAAAUAAACCAAAAACACCUCACAAACCAUCAACCAUGCCGGGAAAAGUCAUUGAUGCCAUUACGGUGCCGUUCACCCUCGAAGCAGGCCCUGGUACCGACAUCUGGCGAAAGCCCCCUAGCACCAAUGUGUGGAGCGCCCCAGUCAUCGGCACCGUCUCCCGCCCGCUCAAGUCCUUCCUCUCCGCCCGCAUCACCUUCUGGGCGCUCUGGGCUCACUCGUACGACCAAGCCGGGCUACUUCUAGUGCCGCGGCUUGCUUCAAGCACCGCAUCGCCACCCAGCCACUGGGUCAAGACGGGCAUCGAGUUCUACGCCGGCCAGCCGCUCCUCAGCACCGUCACUUGCGACCGAUUCGCCGACUGGGGCCUCUAUCCGCUGACGUGUGCGGCGAGUGUCGAUCGUGUGACGCUCGAAGUCUUUCGGGAUGGCGGCGCGCAGGGCAAGAAUGCGUGGGUGCACAGGGUCGUGCUGGACCAGGACGGAAACGAGGUGGAGAGAAUCCCGUUGAGGAAAAUUUGCUGGAUUUUUGCGGACGAGGAUGAGGGUGAUUGGGUCUUGGAUGUCAGUCCGUUGGUGGCAAGGCCGGAAAAGGAUGCCAUAGACGCGUUGAGGGUUGAGUUUAUGGAGUUCAAGGUGGAGUGGGUGCAAUAGAUAAUGCCAACGUCGGGUGCGAUACGGCAUUCAAAGGGAUUAAUAUAGCUCAGAAGAAUUGAUUUUGACAGC